UUUGAUAACGCAUAUUGUGCAUACAUUUUGUAUUUAGGUUCUACAUCUCCUCCCCCUCCUGCUCCCAGUCCACCACCAGCUGUGGAAACUGUGGAGAAGAGCCCUGGAGGCGUUAAAAAUGGCAAACAGAAGAUAAUCCAAGAAUACGCGGCUGCUUUGAACCAUGAAGAGAAUGCAUCAAAUGUUCGGAUUAAUCUGGUGAAAGGCCACGGGCUGGUACUGCUGAACUCUCUGCAAAGCACAGCAGAACAGAUCUUUAGCGACAUGCGAGACAGCUUGGAAGCACAUUACGUUGCCCAAAUGAAGAGUAUUGACCAACUUGCGGAGGUGGUGCGCCACUUCAUAGAGACUGGUGCUAAGCUUCAGAAUGAGUUGGUGCUGGAAAGUAUUGAUUUCUAUUUGAAUGGAGACUCCCGAUUGAUUUCAAGUCCCCUUUUCCAACUGAGUCCCCCUGCCUCGGAGAUUGCAACAUCUUCAACGCUGACCGUUCUUCAACUGGAAUCAUUGUACCACUGUCUUUGCAACGAAGCUCCAACAGGUGUCAUGUCCAGUUCUGAGUUCUUCCAUCUGAUCAAGGACAUCCUCCCUUAUAACUCUCUGCCCGAACCUUGGGAGAACAUCAGUGAAACACAGUUGAAGGAGAUUAUUUCUCUGCUCUCCGAUGGAUACAAACACAUAGACUGGCGGCGAUUCCUUGUCAGUGCCGCCAUCCCUUGGCCUUUUCCCUCUUUAACACAACUGCUGCUUGUGCGCAAGCAGUUCAAGGCAGCAGACACCGGUGACACGGGCUACAUAAGUGAGGAGCAAUAUAAUCAGACGAAGUUGUGGUUUUCCAGUGAGAGUGAGCAGUCGGUCCCCGAGGACUCCUUUCAGCCUCUAAAUAAACGUCAAGCCCACCUACGCAAGCUUUUUUUCCAGCUGUUUUCCGAUCACUCUACCACGCCGCCUCAACUGGACUACAUGACCAUGCUGCUGUGCUUCGCCUCCGAUCACGAUCCCAGGCAGGGCUUCAUCAAAGCGUUGAGCGUAAUGACGGGACAUCAUCUCCACUACCCCACCUCGAGCGCUUUUGACACAACUGAUUCAAACUUAUGGGAGAGCACAGUUUCCUCCUGCUCACAGCCAGAAGAAAACCCCAAGGAGGAAGAGGAGUGUGCAGCAAGUAUGAGCCAGACGGUGUCCAUCCCAGCUCUCCUUUCUGUCGUGGGGCCCGAAGUAGGAAAGAUGAAAGGUGGCAUUAACCCUGCUUCAGGUUGCUUGAGCCAGGAGGAGAAUGUUGAGCAUCUGAUGCAGAUGUUCGUAGAGCUGGGCUACUCUCCAGAAGAUGCCAUUCCCUUCUCGGUCCUCUUCGAGCAUCCGUCCUUUCGUAAUCUGAUAGAGGUCACUAAUCACCACCUCUUUGUCAACAUUCAUAACGUGCUGCAGGCCCCUCAGCCACAAGGAGAGGCUCAACAGUCUCCUAAUUGAUGAUGACACCUAAAACAUCUACUUUCGGUCUUCUAUGUCAUGAUAAAUUACUCGGAAGGAAUAAAUAGAUGUAAAAAAAAACUAUUCGUGACUUUAGUGUUAAAUGAAUUGAACAUCCUAUAGUUUCAACGCAUAGACCUGAAGGAAGUGACAAGGCAGGCUGACUGAAAACAUCAGCCAUGAUGGCCCUGACCUCUCUGACUCGGCAUUCUUUUUCCUGAAACACUCCAGCAGUUUUUCUGAUUCACUUGUUUUUCUAAUGACCUCUCUGACACAGAGGAGCAUCGGUUUGCGUCCACAAUGAGUGCAUUGUCCAGGAUAACCUACAUGUCAGGCCUCACUUGCCAGCAGCGACCUUCCCGAGCACCCGCAAGCCUUUUGUAGCUCAUUUAGUCGGGAUGCGCUGUCCUACCUACUGCUGCGCCCCUUCCAAUCAAUCCCGUAAUCAGCAAAACAAA